AUGCCUCAUGAAGAUCCACAUAGGCACAUCACAAAGUUCAUGAAGAUUUCAGACACCUUCUCUGUUCCUGGUGUUUCCAAUGAGGCCAUGAGAAUGAAACUCUUUCCUUACUCUCUGGGAGGAGCAGCAGAGGAUUGGAUAGAGAAUAUGCCAUCUAAUUCUAUAACUACGUGGAAAGAGUUGGGAGAGUCUUUUCUUAUGAAGUUCUUCCCUCCCACGAUGGUUUGUGAUUUACGUGACAACAUCACUGGCUUCAGGCAGUGUGCUGAAGAGUCUCUCCAUGAAGCCUGGACUAGAUACAAAAGGAUGCUGUGGAAGUGUCCAACUCAUAGACUGCCUAACUGGGCAAUUAUUCAAAUUUUCUAUAGAGGUAUGAGUUUGCAAGGGAGAUCCAAUUUAGAUUCCACAGCUGGAGGUGCUUUUCUGCUCAAAAAGUACACUGAUGCUUACAAUAUUCUUGAGGUAAUCAGUGUAAACAGUUGUCAAUGGCCGCUUGAUAGAGUUGAUCAGCCAAAAAGGGCUGCUGGCCUUCAUGAAGUGACAACAACCACCUUCAUGGCAGCUGAACUUGCUGCCCUAAACAACACAGUGAAGAAUCUUACCAAGGUGGUGGUAGACUCUAAGCAGCCAGCACCUGCUCAAGUAGCUGCUACAGCAGUUAUCUGCUCCCUAUGCUAUGGGCCACAUGCAUUUGAGGAAUGCCCCAACAACCCCACAUCAGUUCUUUAUGUGGGAGAAUUCAAUCGUGGCUACAACAACCGCAACCAAUACAACCAACCCAGAUGGCAAAAUCAAGGUGGCCAAUUUGGCCAGAAUCAAGGCCAUGGAUACCACUACAAUGCUGGAAAUAAAGCACCUAGUCAGAGCUUCCAAGGAGGACAACAACAAUUUCAGCCAUCAAAGAUGACAUUUCCUCCUGGAUUCAACCAAUCUUUUCCUGCAGACCAGAAUAAACAAGGGAAUGCAGAAGCUCACCCACCUCUUGAGCAGUGGAUGAAGGACUAUGUUGCAAAGAAUGAUCAUGCUGUGCAAAAUCAGGCAGCUCUACUCCAAAGUCAUAGUGCUAUGUUAAAAAGCAUUGAGACACAAAUAGGUCAGCUUGCUGCAACACUCAGUGGCAGACCAUUGGGAGCACUCCCUAGUGAUACAGAAUUACCAAGGAGAGAUGGAAAAGAAACAUAUAAAGCUCUCCAACUGAGAAAUGGCAGAGAAAUGGAUCAACCAGAACCUGUUGUAAGGCCUUCUACCUUGAGGAAGUUGAUGGAGAAAGAAGAGAAGCAAGUGGACAACACUGCUAUAGCAACUAUACCUCAAGAAAAUGAUAAUGGGGAAGAAAAUGCUUCUGAACUAGAAAGGGCAGAGCAAAGAUCAAAGGAACAGAUAAGCUCGUGCAGAAUAAAGAAGCCUCUCAACCACCCUCUAAGGCAAAACAAGUUCCUUUUCCUAAAGGACUCCAAAAACAGCAUCAAGAGCAGAACUUUAAGCGAUUCCUGGACAUUCUGA